CCUGUCCCGCAGCGCUGCCGAUCACGCCUGCGCAGUGAGGGCGGUUCGCAGGAGGCGCGGCGCGGCCGAGGCCCCGCCUUCUGCAAGCGCCACCGCCUCGCCCCCUGCCCGGCUCCGCCCCCGCCAGGCCCCGCCACCGGCUCGCCGCGCCUACCCCGGGUGGUUGCGGCCCCGGGGCCCGCCAUGUGGCUGGGACGGCUACGCCUCCUGGGACGCCGCGCGGGCUGCGUGUUCACUGGAGCGGCCGCCGUUGAAUGUGCCGGAGCGGCAGCGGCUGGAACCGGCCGGCGACUGGAAGGAGGAGGGUGGACGUUUGGCGGGACCUGCAGUUUCAGCAGCACUGCCGCAGCCAUGGCCCCGAUCAAGGUGGGCGAUGCCAUCCCACCGGUGGAGGUGUUUGAAGGGGAGCCUGGGAACAAAGUGAACCUGGCGGAGCUGUACAAGGGCAAAAAGGGUGUGCUGUUUGGAGUCCCUGGGGCCUUUACCCCGGGCUGUUCCAAGACCCACCUGCCAGGGUUCGUGGAGCAGGCUGAGGCUCUGAAGGCCAAGGGGAUCCAGGUGGUGGCAUGUCUGAGUGUCAACGAUGUUUUUGUGUCUGGCGAGUGGGGGCGAGCCCACAAGGUGGAUGGCAAGGUUCGGCUCCUGGCUGACCCCACUGGGGCCUUUGGGAAGGAGACAGAUUUGUUACUUGAUGAUACAUUGGUGCCACUCUUUGGGAACCGCCGGCUCAAGAGGUUCUCCAUGGUGAUAGAGGAUGGUGUGGUAAAGGCCCUGAACGUGGAGCCGGAUGGCACAGGCCUCACCUGCAGCCUGGCCCCCAACAUCCUCUCGCAGCUCUGAGGCCCCCAGGCCCAGACGUACCCACUCUACCCUCUCUUUGUCUUACUUGCCCAUCCCUGGGCAGGGAGCCCCAGCACAGCUGCAUCUGGAGCCGCCCAGUUGGAACCUUGAUGCAAUUUGUGCAAUAAACACUUCUGAUUCACGUACA